AUGAGCAGUAGAAGACCCAGCAGCGUUCGCGCACAAAUCCCUGACCAGCCCAGAGCCAACGCUCGAGCCAAAGGCAAGGGGGUGAGUAAAGAGCAGAGAGACAAGAUUGACAGAGAACCUCAGGCGAGCGAUGAUAACUCCGCACCAAAACGGCAGAGUAAAAAGCAGAGAGACCUAACCAGCCGUGACAAAGAAUGCGAAAAUCCGGAGAGCAAGUCUGAAGAACAACGCAGUUUGAUAUCAAGAAGAACGCAUACAUCCCCUCACAGUAACGUGGACUGGAUUCGUGAUGCGCAAACAUCAAAGAAUGACUCAACGGAAAGAGCAAGCGCACAACGAAAUAGUAUAAAGCGGAUAGAUCAUCAAAACGGUGAAACUGAAGACAUACAUCAGAAGACCACCAAGAGCAGCGGCGAUAAAUACCCCACGCCAAAACGGGAGAGCAGUGUCCGACAGAGUAAAAAACAGAGAGAUCUUUCCAGUCCAGACAAAGGCGGAUCUCCGGAAGACUCCAAGAGCAAUUCCGAAGGAAAAUAUGUACCAGAACCCACAAGACCACAAAAAUAUGUUCCUAAUAAGUCACAAAGUACUGGCGAGGUGCAAAACCCCCAGAAUGGCAGAGAUGUCGACCCUCCAGCGAUUUGCGCGGGAAAACCUGACGGCAAAAAGAAAAUCGCGCGAAAUCCCAGCGAGAGUAACACUGACAUGGGACAAUCACAUGCAGCAGAAAUACCUUUUAAUAGAAUGCAAAGCGUUGAUAACAACUUAGGAAAAGUUCUCCAUGCCGCUAUUGAAAAAUUAAAGAUCAAAUCAGCCAUGCGGUCCAAAGCAUCCAGCUGUGUUAAUGAUAUCACGGAUAAGGUCAUUGCACAUCUUAAACAAAAUAAGCCCUGGUGUGAAGAUAUCGAAAGAUUAAGAACAGGAAGUUAUUAUGAAAACGUUAAAAUCUGCGAACCUGACGAAUUUGAUGUGAUGCUGACUAUUCCUGUGAAGAGGGUGGAUAUACAGAACUUCAAUGAUAAUGCAGCAUUUUACAGUGUUGCACUGAAACGAGAUCCAAAUAAACAUCUGCUAUACAAAUUUCUAAAUGAAGACAAGACAAUACGGGCCAGUGAAAUGCUGAGUGAAUUCAGAGAUGGCAUUAAGGAGGCUGUGAAGCCACUUCUAUAUAACAUUGAGGUAGAGCGCAAGAAGGCAAGAUGUCCCGCAGUGACACUUCAGGUAACAGAAAAUCAAAAGACAAUUUCCAUCGACUUUGUUCUUGGGCUUAAGGUCCACAGAUCAAGCUGGCCACACUUUACAACAAAUGGUUUCAGAGUAGAAGACUGGCUUGGUACCAAGGAGAAAGCUGAUCUGAAGCGUCAACCAUUCUACCUAGUGCCUAAAUACGAGGGGAAAGGAAAUGCAGAGCAUGAUGGAGUUGUGGCAAAGGAUGCCUGGCGAAUCUCUUUUUCGCAUGUUGAGAAAGAUAUCCUAAAAAGGCAUGGCCACUCCAAGACAUGCUGUGAGGCCAGAGGCCAGAAAUGUUGCAGGAGGGAGUGCCUAAAGCUUCUAAAGUAUCUUCUUGGACAACUCAAAGAGAAGCACCCAAAAGAGAUGUCCAACUUCUGCUCCUACCAUGCAAAGACCAUCCUUCUCCAUGCUUGUGCUAAAAGGGUAGAGGACAGUUUUUGGGCUUAUAGUCAGCUGUCAGUCUGCUUCCAGCAGCUUUUGGAAGACUUUGUCGAAUGCCUUAGAAAACGUGAUCUCCCGAACUUUUUCAUCCCAUCCCAUAACCUCAUACAUCCAGCCCGACUGAAUAAGAGCUGCUGUGAUUUUUUAGUACAGCAAAUUGAAAUUCAACGCAACAACAACUUUCCUAUAUUCUUUUAAGUUCACAUUUUAUAUUUAUAUUGAAGUAUGUUUUGUCCCCCUCUUUCAUCUUCAUUGUAAAUUUCUAAAAUUAUGCUAUGCA